AAGGACAUUGUUACUGGCUGAAUAUUGAUGUCCAUGUACAUGAAAAGGUGCUUCAGUCAGAGCCCGGGGCCAUGGUGCAAAAGGACUAAAUGAAUAUGAGUUCAACUUGGAGUUUCUUUCACCAGUAAAGCCAGAGGUGACCCACAGGUCCACACAGCGGCAGGUGAAUAUUACAGUGCGGAAAGAGCAGCGAGGCUGGUGGGAAAGAUUGGUGGUACAGGAGCGCAAACCAGUCUUCCUGGCACCUGACUUUGACAGCUGGCUGGACGAGUCAGACGCUGAAAUGGAGAUCCGGGAAAAGGAGGAGAAAAGGAACCGGCUGAAGGCUUCAAGGCAUAAAGAGGAAGGGUUUGUCAGCCUGAAAACUGGAUUUUUGUUUGUAUACAACCUUGUACAGUUUCUUGGUUUUUCAUGGAUCUUUGUCAACAUGACAGUGCGGCUCUUUAUCUUUGGCCAAGAUUCUCUCUACGACACAUUUCACACCAUUUCGGAUGUGAUGUUCUUCUGCCAGAUCCUGGCAGCAGUAGAGGUCCUCAACGCUGCUUUUGGUGUAGUCCGGACAGGUGUUAUUCCAACUCUUAUACAGGUGGUUGGAAGGAAUUUUAUCCUCUUCAUCAUUUUCGGCAGUUUGGAGGAAAUGCACAACCGGCCAGUUGUGUUCUUCGUGUUCUAUCUGUGGAGCGCCAUUGAGAUUUUUAGGUAUCCGUUCUACAUGCUGGGCUGUUUCAACACAGAGUGGAAAACUCUGACCUGGCUGCGGUACACAAUCUGGAUACCACUGUACCCGUUAGGUGUUAUAGCUGAAGCCGUUGCCGUGAUACAAUCGAUUCCAAUCUUUGAUGAGACCAAACUCUUCAGCAUUCCUCUGCCAAAAGCCAUCGGCACCUCUAUCGGCUUCUCUUACUUCCUGCACAUCUAUCUUGUUCUCAUGUUUCUGGGGCUUUUUAUCAACUUCCGCCAUCUUUACAAGCAGAGGAAGAGGCGUUUCCGUACCAAGAAGAGGAAAGCAAAUUGAGAUUCAACACAAACAACACUCAAACACCUUUGCUGCCUGCUUAUUUCUUCUUUCAAGACAAUUCCUCAUAAACCAUGCUUCAGUCAAAUCAGUUGUUGUUUUCGUUAAGAGGUUAUUUUUCCUCACUAAAAUAAUUUCAAUUGUGGUUAACAUGAACACCCUACAGAUGACUCAGUAUUUCAUCAUUGCAUUUACACUCUUAUUUACUGGUCAUUGAGUUCUCUUAGACAUUAGUCUGUAAGAGAUAAGUAAGUAUUAGUGAAGAGCUGUAAUAAGCAUACUGUGUUCUUUUUUCCUUUUAAUCUUUGUUUGAUAAUUUAUGUAUGAAUGAAGAUAUCUGCAACUUUCUCAACAAAUACUGUAUAUUAUUCCAGAUUUCUGAACCGUUCCACCAACCUCAGGGCUACUGCUAAAAUACAGAGAACAUGUUGUGCCCCUAUGCUCAACAAUGACCUAUGAAAAAAGUUAUAUUUAUAUCCCUUCCUCAUUUUACUGUUUCAUUACUUUGUCACAAUUUCCUAAGGCUCCUGUUAUUUGACAGUGAAUAAAAAUGAAACUUAAA